AUGUCUGAACACCACAAUCUCAACGUUGUCGUCGCCGCUGCAUUUACUACCCCCGUCAACGUUGUCGAUGCUCAUCACCAUAUUCAAAGUCGUCGCCUCCUCCUCCAGUAUCUUUCAGAAAAUCAAUUUUUUGGCCUAAUACCAUCUUCGAUUUCAAACUUGAAUUCGCUAACUAAGCUUUCACUCCAAUACAACAAACUUUCCGGUAGAAUUCCUUACAAGAUUGACAAACUAAAGAGUCUUACAAACUUAUUGUUGACAUCGAAUCGUAUCACUGGAAGUAUACCUCAUUCUAUAGGUAAACUCUCCCAAUUAGAAUAUUUGUCCCUUAACAUAAACGAACUUAUUGGACCGAUCCCAUCUUCAAUAGGACAGCUUGCAUCUUUGCAAGUCCAAUUCCUCGUACACUUAUUAAGAUUAUUUCGUAUACUUGAUUUGUCGUGCAAUCCACUUUCUCUAGGAAAAAUACCUAGUUGGAUGUCCAAGCUAAAUCUUUCUUGGCUAAUGCUAGCCAAGACGGGGCUCAAAGGCGAGCUACCCUCGUGGUUGUCAUCCUUACCAUUAGGCUAUCUUGAUUUAUCGAGUAAUGAACUCACAGGGAGGUUUCCUACAUGGAUAGGGAACAUGAGUGACUUGUGGUACCUCAACAUAUCUUAUAACAAAUUCUACUCCACCAUUCCAAAAGAAUUCAAGAACAUGUUAUUACUAACAGACCUUGAUCUUCACUCAAACAACUUCUCAGGUCCCCUGGAUUUUAUUUUUGACAAGAACGUCGAUGGACCACUAGGACAUUACAACACCAUCGAUGUUUCUAGAAACAAAUUCACAGGUCCUAUCGACAAAAAUGUUGGAAACAAGCUCGCCAUGAACACGAUAAGUUCAUUGAUCUUGUCAAAUAAUCCAUUGGGAGGACGGAUACCCAAGUCCAUUGGGAACUUGACCCAAAUGCGAUUGCUGGAGAUGGUCCGUGACAAGCUUUCAGGGACGAUUCCAGAAGAGAUUAGUAAUGCUGAUACUUUGAGGAUUAUUAAACUUUCGAGGAAUUACUUAACCGGAAGGGUUCCAAAGAUGGUGAUUAAUCUAAAGUGGUUAGAAAAGUUUGAAGUGUUAAGAAAUAAAUUGAGUGGUGAAAUUCCAGCACAUAAGGCUAAUUUCCCUGCUUCAGCAUUUUUUGGUAAUCCUGGUCUUUGUGGUUUGCCACUUCCUGCUUGUAAGCAAGUUUAGGUAGCUCAAACUAACGAUAUUAUGAUUCAUAGUUACAAUUUAAUUACGUUUUGUACUUGAUACUUCUUACUAUUUGUUAUUCUGAAAUUGUAACUGUGGGAUUGUGAAUUUGAACUUUAAUGACAUAAGUUAUAUAUUGUGAAUUUGCCU